AUGGAUAUCAAAGAAGAAGUGGAUGUGCAAGAUGCUUUUCUAUUGGACGCUACUUCUCAAUAUUUCCUAAACGAAGCAAUUGAUAUUAAAAUAGAAGACGACCUUGGAGAUUUAAUCGUAACUUCAGUGCAAUACGGCUCGUCCGAUGAUACUGAGCAAGAAACUAACAUCAAACCAACAUUACUAGAUUCUACUAAAACAAGACCAACAAUGACCAGUAAAAGAUCAAUAAAAGAUUAUUUUUCAACAACGAUCAGAUCACUAGAAAGCAAAAAAAGGAAAAUAGCAAAUAAUGAGACUGAGCAGGAAGAAGAAAUAGAUGAAAACGAGGAUGAAAAUGGCACAGAAAGUACGGAUAGAUCGAGUGAACAUAUCAAUGAACCGUCGACGUCAAGUUGUAAUGUGGAGCAAGCACGAAAUAACUGGAGCCAGUUUCCUACCGCCUUAGAUUUAUCAAAAACUCCUCAUGAUCCGCCCUCACAACCGAUUUUAAGGGAAUAUCCAGUAACAAAAAUAGCAAUAGAAAACAAAGCGUUUUGUUUCUAUUGUAGAUUCUUCCACAAAGCAGAUGUGAAGGAAAAACCAUUUAUCAUUGGUUAUAAUAAGUGGAAAAAAGCUAUGGAAUCUAAUUCGGGAUUUACUGCAAUAGCUCACAAAGAAUGUUUGGUGGGAUUUAGGGAGUUCCAAAGAUCCAGUUCUGUUGGUGGCGUAGAAAGUUUAAUUAAAAAUAAAAACAAUGGACUCAUUGAAGAAAAUCCGUAUUACAUCAAAACACUGGCUGAAAUUCUUCUAUUAACUUGUAAAUUAGAAAUUACGCAAAGGGAACACGAUAAAUCCAGAGGAAGUGCAAAUAGAGGAAACUUUUUAGAACUAACUGAGUUCAUUGCAAAUCACGACCCUGUAUUUAAAAAAAAAAUCUCAAGUGCUGGGGGUAAUGCGAAAUACCUUCAUUCCAGUAUACAAAAUGAGUUAUUGGAAAUACUUUCUAAUGAAGUACUGCAAUCCGGAAGAGACGAAAUUGCCGAAGCUAAAUUUUAUUCAGUCUUAGCCGACGAAACCAAGGAUUUGUUAAAAAAAGAACAAAUGUCAACAAUUGUGAGUCACAAUUAUAUUGUGAGCAUAAUAUCUUGUUUAUCUGACUAUUUGCAAUCAAAAGAAAUGGACUAUGCUCGUGCAAAUACUUUGGUAGAAGAGGUUCUUCAGCAACUACAAUUAAUGAGAGAUCAAAGCUCAUAUUGGGAUGCCAUCUGGGAAAGAGUGGACAAAUUAUGGACGGUAACUGGCGACAGUUCAGAAGUAGUUCCCAAACGUAAAAAGCAGCUGCCCGCACGUGGCUGA